AUGUGUUAUGUAGGGAAAGCAACAAAGAUCUUCAUUUUCAUUGUGACUGUACUUGUAAUUCUUGGUCUUGUCUUGGUAUUUGGCCUCUUACGCCACCACCGUCAUCAAUCACAAAACUGCACUGAUGAUUCCUGUCAAUCUCCUCACUUACCCUUCCCUACUCCUCCUCUUACUGUGCCUACUGGGCUGACCCCACUUAGUCCAAUGGGCUUCUCCCCGCCCAGCCCAUCAUAUUCUGGGUCCACCCCACCACCAAAUCCACCGGACAGUGAUACACCUCCUCUUCCACCCCCACCACCUCCUCUUCCGCUCCCACCGCCACCUUUUCCUCCUCCUGCUGCUCCAGUUACAAAUGGGGCUCCACCACCGACUAAUAAUCCGCCGAGCAGUACUGUGUUUGUCACUCCAGAUUUCACUUUUCACAUUGGAUUUGGGGAUAAAUCCAAGGUUUUGAAUGAGAAGCAGAGGCUAAAGGCAGACAAAGAGAGCUACCUUGGUGUUGCAAUGUGGCUCAUGACACUUGUUGCAGUUGACACAGCUGAAUCUCACAUGUCUAGCCUCCCAGUUGCUUAA